GGCGCGUCCUUCGGGCGCACUGGUUGGCACCGCUUUGGCUCACGCGGCGAGCCUUGCAGGGUCACUCGACGCCCCCCCCCCCCUUUUUUGGGGGGGUGGAGUCGCAUCCGAUUUUGCGUUGCAUGGUCGCAGUCAGGUGCAAACAUGGAGACAACAACGCGGCACAGAGCGUCCUUGUACGGCGACAUCGCUGACGGUCUGGGAUUCUGGACGGAGCGGUCGGCGGUCCACCAGGCGGCGGCGCGAGGCCGCGCGGCGCAGCUGCGGCGACUCAUCCGGGACGGGGCGGCCGUCGACGCCGCUGCCGGCGACUCCAUGGCGCCGCUGCACGAGGCCUGCGUCCGGGGACACGCCGGCUGCGUCGCGCUGCUGCUGGCCGCCGGGGCGCAGGUGGACGCCCGCAACAUCGACGGCAGCACCCCCCUGUGCGACGCCUGCGCGGCCGGCAGCCCCGAGUGCGCGGAGCUGCUGCUGGACCACGGCGCCGCCGUCAACCCGCCCUUCUGCGCCACCUCGCCGCUUCACGAGGCCUGCAUGCGAGGCAGCCAGGCUUGCGUGUCGCUGCUGAUGGAACGCGGCGCCCGCACGGACGUUGACGACCGUCGCUACGGGACGCCGCUGCACGCCGCCUGCGCCUGCCGACACUACGACUGCGCCAAGCUGCUCCUCAACGCCGGUGCGAACGUGAACGCGGCCAAGCUACGCGAGACGGCGCUCCACCUGGCCGCCAAGACGCGGCGGGCGGAUUUGAUCGAGCUGCUGCUGGAGUUCGGCGCCGACCCGCACGCCCGAGACUCGGCGGGCAAGAAGGCCGUCCAGUACACGGCGCCGGGGUCGCCGGCGCACAGCUGCUUUCGCUUCUACGAGGACACGCCGCUGAGUCUCCAGCAGGCGACCCGGGUGGCCUUGAGGAGGAUUCUGGGCGUGAGGGCGCUGCGGGUUUUUCCCCAGCUGGGUUUGCCCAACCGCAUGGUUGCUUUUCUGUCGUAUUCGUCCGCUCCCGUUUUGGAGUCUGACCGGCGAUUAGGUCUCGAUGCGUCGGCUACGUGAUCGGAAGCGCCUGCAGAAUCACUUGGAACAAUAUUAUUGUUUUGGAUUGGUAUUUGGACUGUUUAUACGCUGUAAGUAUGUACAUUUGUAAAUAAGACAUCCGUCUACCUCCACGCGUUUCAAAUGGAAAUAAAGCUUAGCUGCUUAACAAGAGAUUUGCAAAAAUAGACUCAUCUUUUUUUUGGGGGGAAGUAAAAGACAACUCUUCUAAUAUCUGUAUGCCGUUUGCCAAAAAUGUCACAUGAUGAACUAUUAGGUAAGAUCGCCACAACUUUCAAAAUUCAAUAAAGGUUAUUACUUUGUUU